GCUUCCUGUAUUAACAAUGAAGACAUUCAACAUGCUAUAGGAUAGAUGUAUAACUUUGAUACCAUGCAAAUGAUAGAAUUACGGAAGUUCUUUAGUAAUUCUUAAAGCAUUAAGUGUGAAUUACAAAGUACAUUUGAUUGUUUUGUCAUCUAAUGAUUGUAUGCAGAGCGUUUGAAACGCUGAAAGAAAAAUAGAGAUAUUCAGUUGGUAUACAAGGAAAGAUCUACAACUGUUAUCAGCGGUAUACUAAUCUAAGAAUAAAACAAUCUAAGCUGAAGGUUUGAAUAUGACAUCUACCGAUAAUAAAUGUGGGUACUGUGAAGAAGGAAAGAGCUCUCUCGCUGUCACGUGGUGUCCAGAAUGCGCACAUGCACUUUGCGACUUUUGCGAGAAGAAACACUAUGAGUUAGAAACAAGCAAAAUCCACACAGUCAUUUCAAUAGAAAACUUUAUGAAGUUACCACAAUAUAUACAGCAAUUAGAAUUGAAAUGUACCAAUCAUAAUGAAAGACAUACAUGUGUUUGUGUCAACCACGAACUCCUCCUGUGUAAUGCAUGCAUACAAGACACACACAAAUCAUGUAACGAUGUUAAGCCAAUUCCGGAAGUAAUUAAGAAUUCAAAACAUUCCGUAGCAAAAGAGGCCGUUAAACAAUGUUUAAAUGACGUAAUAACAAAUUUGCAUAAUAUAAAACGUGAUCGGGAUGAUAACAUCAAAAUGUUCAAUCAACAGAAAAAAGAGAUUCUAAAAGAGUAUACGACAUUCCGUGAAGAAGUCAUUAAAAAAUUAAAUGAUACGGAAAACAAACUAAUCGGAGAUAUAGAUUAUCACGUUGAAGAACAAACAAAAGAAAUCAAAACGUUUUUGAUAAAAAUUGACGAACAAAUCGCAGACAUGAAACAAAUGCUUCGCGAUAUUGAUUUGAUGACAUCGUUUGGAUCAGAUUUUCAAACAUUUUUUGGAAUUAAAGAGGUUGAAAAAUAUGUUCACAAAGAAGAAUUCCAGUUACAAUCUUUAUUUGAUAAUAAUCAACUUGAUGAGAUCUGUAUUAAAUUUAAUGUCAAUAAACAGUUGCAAUCUGACUUGACAGACAUUACACAAGCCUGUGAAAUUUUCUUGCAGACAAAUCCCACAAAAGUAAGAAUUUUCAGAAAAGACAAAAGACAGAUGCAAGCACCUAUAAGUAGCAAAGAGUCACAUCUGGGGUUGGCUCAAAAAUUUGAAAUUGAAGAGGGAUCCCAAAAUCGUAGUAUUAGAGGUUGCACGUUUUUGCCGAUUGGAAAAUUUGUUUUCACUGACCGUAACAGCCAGUCGUUAAUCAUACAUGCUAUCGAUGGUUCUUUCCAGUAUAUCAUUGAAGGUCAAGGACGCGUAUUUGAUGUUGCUGCAAUUGAUAACGAAUGUGUUGCUGUGACUUCAGGCUCUGAAGCUGUUAUUAAUUUGUAUAACAUUGAAAGUCAGAAAGUAGUGAAAACAACGAAAACAAAUGGUCCGUGUUAUGGGAUCACACACAAAAGUGGUGCACUCUUCUGUUGUGUUGAGGGAAAAGGUAUAGAGACGAUGGCGUUGUCCGAUGAUAUUAUUUCAGAAUUUUACAAAGAAGCCUUGCCAUGGGGAAUGUACAUAACGACAGUGGCUGACAAAAUUUGCUUUGUCAAUCAAGAAAACGAUAUAAUAAAACUACUUGAUUCUUUUUCAAAAGUCUGCUGGACGUUUCAUUACAAACACUUUUUGAGCGAUCCACGAGGUGUGACGUCAGAUGACCAUGGACUUAUUUACCUCAUUGGUCACACAACAAAGAAUGUCGUGUCCAUAUCAAUGGAUAAUAUGGAAUGCAAACAAGUUCUAUCAAUGGAGGAUGGUCUACUUAAUCCAACAGUCAUCGACUUUAAUGGGACGAGAAAUAGUCUCAUGGUUGUCAGUUGGGAUGGAAGUGUCUUUGUUUAUAAUUGCAACUAAAAAGUCACGAUUUUUUUCGGCUGAUUUCGACCCUUCAUAUCAAUACUUCUUCGAUUACCCAUUCCAUAGAUUUGUAGAUUGUAUGCCAAAAUCAUUCCCAAUAGCACAAGUCCAGCAGCCAUAAUCAAACAAAACAAAGAGUUAAACCAGUCGUAAAAGCACAACUCAGAAUACAGUGAGACCAUGAUAUGCAUAUAAAGCAUAUUUGCGGAGUUCAGGAACAUAUAUUGUUAAUGAAACUGAGCAGUUUUGCCAUCUUGAAAACGAAGUUUCUCAAAGGAACGCCUAUUUAAAUGUGUGGUUAACACAAAUUCCAAGCAACAUGUAGAAUAAAAUAUCGUACAGCA